UUCGCUGCCCCUUCCCACAGCCACCGUGCUAUGUCCCGCGCCGCUGUCCCCCUUCCCGCAGAUUCCUGAACGGACGUCCCUGGGGUUGCUGCGGCGACCUCGGAAGCAGGCCUUGCCCUGAGACAGAAAAUCUGGAGCUUCGGCUGAGCGGAUGAAAUCUGUGCGCCCUCGCCAAGCGCAAGGCCGUUUUCCACCCAGGCCAGCCCGAGGGGCGUAGGGGUGGGUCCCCGGACCACGGUUAGGAAGUCCCUGGUGUGAGGCAUUGGCCUCCCCCACUUCCCUUCUUGUGCGGCCCCUUCCGCAGGUGAGCAGCCGGAGGCCCAGAAAGAGCACGGCCAAGGUGAAAGACCGGAAAGGCGAAAGCGCGCCGCCUCCGCAGUGGCCAGGUCUUGCCCGGUUAUUCGCUCCACACAGCCCUAGUUUUUAUGCUGUUCUGCUUUGAUCCCCUAAAUAUUUUGUGUCCUGCCUCCCUAAGGAGAUUGUGGGUUACCCUUGUAGUGCCCCUUAAGUCAUUGAUUAAUGAAUGGGUUGCCCCCUGGUGGAAUGUAGAUUACUAGGUUGCUGACCUCUGAAACCCUGUGAUAUAGGCUCCUGGUUUUCAGAAUUUGGCUUCAUCUGACCCACCGCCAGCUUCCCCGUCCACCCGGCCUUCGAGGCAACAGGUGCCACUGAGCUAGCAGCAAGAAGGCCAUGAAACACUGCGAGGCACUGAGGAUAAUUUUCCCAUUCGUGGUCUUAAGGUCCUGAUGUCUCUUCUAAGGAGAGGGCCUCAUGUUCCGGUGCAGCGCCGGCUGCUGUGAGGACAGCCAGGCCACCAUGCAGCAGGUACACCAGUGCAUUGAGCGCUGCCACGCACCUCUGGCUCAAGCCCAGGCCCUGGUGACCAGCGAGUUGGAGAAGUUCCAGGACCGCCUGGCCCGAUGCACCAUGCAUUGCAACGACAAAGCCAAAGAUUCAAUAGAUGCCGGGAGUAAAGAGCUUCAGGUGAAGAAGCAGCUGGAGAGUUGUGUGACCAAGUGUGUGGAUGACCACAUGAACCUCAUUCCAACCAUGACCAGGAAGAUGAAGGAGUCUCUCUCAUCCAUUCAGAAAUAGGAGUCUGUCAUUGGCCAUCAGGGCUGAGGGCAGGAAUCUAUUUAAAAAGAAGAAUGAGAAUUGGUCUUUUAAGCAAAGUUUAUGAGUGAAGAAAUUAAGGAUGGCAGCAAGGUUAAGGCAUAUGUCACUUGCCUCUGGACACUGGUUCCUUUAUGUUUUAAUCCUAGAUAAUGAAAUGGAAAAAUUGGUGCUAAAAUUUGAGUCAGAGAGUUUUUGAGAGUCUAAAUUUUUUGUGGCAAGUGCUUAUCCUAGCAGCAGGCAUCUCCCUCAUACCAAUCCAGAGCCUCAGGUACCAGGUACCAACAGGGUGACAGGUUCCUCUCAUCUGCCAAUGAUCUGCUGGAGUGUGAGGAGAGGUGUGUCUGUUUGUUGCCAACCUCCUGUUAACCAGAAGCAUCACCACACCAUUUUCCAUAAGCUGUAAAGCAAAGUCAGUGAGGUCACCAGGGGAAAAAAGGUUUCUGGGUCUUUUGUUUUGCUUGGUUUUGUCUUACAACAGCAUGAAGUUGAUUUAAGAUGUGGAGCUGGGAGAGGUAGUUUAGAUAAGAACUUUGAAAGGUUCCUUUGGAUAUCCAUUUCUGGCCAUCAGAUGUGAAUGUGCAUUUCUUAAAAUUCUCACACAUUACAUCUUUCAGCCUGGAGCUCUCCUAAAACAUGAGCGGUGAUGUCACACUGGGUGUGGGAAGCAGACCUUCCCUCUCACUGGCUGCCAUGAUGGGCCCUGAGGCUGUCUGCAGCAGAGUGACAGGACAAUCUUGCAGUGACACUCCCUUGAAGAGAAAGGAUUUUGAUUGUGCUGUAUAUCAGUACUCAGGAAUGAACAGUGAAAGGAACUGUUGGCUGCUUAAUAGAGUUCUGAAGUACCGGAUUUGGAAAAACUUGGUUUUCAGGAAUGAAACCUAUAUCCAGUGUUGCUUACUUAGCCCGCUGAAAUAAUAUAGCCCUACUGAGACAAUCCCUUGGCAACAGGAAGGUCAAAAAAGAAAAACUAAGCAACUCAGGUGAGCUGUGGCUCCUUUAGAGCAAAAGAGGGGCAGCCCCCCAUUACCAAAUGCCAGUUUUGCCUGGGGCCUUUGCAGUGUUCCAGCUCCAGCUCUGGCACCUUACUGUUUUGAUAAGGACCUUGUCCUUUUACCAGCUUAUUACUUGAAAUGAUGAUAUAUAUAGCCUGUCUGCUGUUUCAGGACUGUGACAUAUUUUCCUAGUGGUCUGGUUUUUAAAAAUAAAUAAGGUUUAAUUUUUUUCCUCUA